AUGAAUGCUUUCAAGGCUUACAAAGCAUGUGUCCCAGUUGCAUGGAGCCACAACUUAUACAUAACUUUGGUUAGGGGCAUUCCGGGGACCAGGAGGCUUCACAGGCGUACCUUGGAGGCAUUGCGUCUAACCAAGUGUAAUCGAACAGUUAUGCGAUGGAACACUCCUACUGUCAGAGGGAUGCUUCAACAGGUGAAGAGAUUGGUUGUGAUCGAGACAGAAGAGAUGUAUAAAGCCCGUAAACAAAAGGAAGCAAGCCACCGAGCUCUACGUCCUCCAUUGGUUGUGAACCAUCUCCCUGCCCCUGCAAGUGAUUCUUCUCAACAACCUGUUUAA